AUGUCCCCCUCGACCCGCCGCCUCCUCAAAGAAUCCACAGACCUCCAAACCAACCCAUCACCCUACUUCCACGCCGCCCCGGUAUCCGACACCAACCUCUUCGACUGGCACUUCACACUGCUAGGCCCCCCAGCACCCUCUCCCUACGCCGGGGGCAUCUACCACGGCCGCAUCACCCUCCCACCCACAUACCCACUCCGCCCACCCAGCUUCCGAUUCCUGACGCCCUCCGGGCGAUUCGAAGUCAACCGCGAGAUCUGCCUCAGUAUCUCCGGCCAUCAUGAGGAGACGUGGCAGCCCGCGUGGGGGAUACGGACGGCGUUGAUUGCGUUGCGGAGUUUCAUGGAUGGAGAUGCGAAGGGCCAGGUGGGCGGGUUGGAUGUGGCGGAUGAGGUGAGGAGGAGGUAUGCGAGGGAGAGUAGGGCGUGGAGGUGUGAUGGGUGUGAGGGGAGUAAGGGGAGGGAGAAUGAGGUGGUUAUGAGGGAGUGGUGGGGGGUUUGUAGGGAGAGGGGGGUGGUGGUUGAGGGGGAGGAGGAUAAAAGUGAGGCUGCAGCUGCGGAUGCAGGUAUAUCUGCAGGUGUGGAUGCGGGUGCAGGUGCAGACACGUCUCAGAUCCCUCAAGCUGAGGUACAACCACAGCAGCCUCAACAACAGCAGCAACUACAACAACAACAACAUACUCCCCCAGCAACAAGACCUCCACCACCAGUGCCAGCUGCACCUGCUGCUGCUGCUGCAACAUCUCAAGAUACCCCCUGGCUCGACCGAGCCAUCAUCGGGGUCAUCAUCGCCCUAGUAGCCAUGAUCCUGCGACGGCUGACGCGCGACAUGGACAUGGACUGA